CUCUAGGCAAUUGACUCAAGAGGGCCUUGUUCCUUUAGUCGAGACUCAAGGUCUAGUCAAGGAUUCUCCGCAUUGUGAAUGAAAGUGAAACAAGUUAGAAAUCAUCAAUCGUUAGUCUGGCUAGUGGCUAGGGGGAAUCAUACCUAAGUGAGUUCCCAACCUGUAAUUAGAUUUAACUGUAGUUUGCUAGAGUAGUUUUAGUUCUUUCAUCUUAAUCUGGUUUGCUAAAUAAUAAACUGAAGCUGAGUAAUAGUAACUUUAGAGACCCGUGGAUUCGAUAUUUAUCACUUGAGCCACUAUACUGCAGUCCCUUCCAUUGGUUACACUUGGCCAUUGUUAGGUGUUGUGUCAUAGCGAGUCAACCUCCAGUAGCUCAAUGUCAGUGGUGUGAGAGCUCAAAUCACUUAGUGGAAUACUGCCAGGCUAUGAGGGAGUCUACUACUCCCCAGGAGCAGUUGGACUUCAUCGCCAAUGCUCGGCGCCUCGACCCGUACAGCAAUACAUAUAAUGAGGGGUGGCGCCAGCAUCCCAAUUUCGCUUGGAGCAGCAACACCACUAAACCACCUGGUUUCCCAGCACCAGCUGGUGGUUUUCAGCAGAGGCAGCCUUUCCAGGCUAGACAGGGGUCAGCCCCACAGCAGCAGCCCUACCAGCCUAGGCAGGGGCAACCAUUCCAGCAGCCCCAGCGUCAGUUUGCCGAGCCAACAGCAGCUCCGGCUCCAGAUAAUCAGAUAACGAAGCUGGAAAAUAUUCUCGCUUCAUUCAUGACUAGCACUCAGGAAACUGUCGCGAGGUUGGACCAGAGCAUAGCCUCACUGGAGGCAGGUCAGAGGAACCAAGGUGCCAUUUUGCAAGAUCUGCAGCACCAGGUGGGUAUCUUGGCCCGCCAAAACACUACCAGGGCACCGGGGACUCUGCCUGCCACCACUAUUUCGAAUCCUUGUGAUCCUCACCAGCACCAGCAGCUGGAUGCCAUUUUUACCAGGAGCGGUAAGCCCAUAUCUGCUGAUCCUGUCCCGGCCAGGCAGGAGGAAUGACACGCUAAAACACAACACCUAACAAUGGCCAAGUGUAACCAAUGAAAGGGACUGCAGUAUAGUGGCACAAGUAAUAAAUAUCGAAUCCACGGGUCUCUAGAGUUACUAUUACUCAGCUUCAGUUCAUUAUCUAGCAAACUAGAUUAAGGAUUGAUUAACUAAACUACUCUACUAACUAAACUAAGUAAAACUACUAAUUACAGGUUGGGAACUCACUUAGGUAUGAUUCCCCCUAGCUCCUCAAUUAGGUCCAAGUUGUAAUUCCUUUUGGUUGUUUUACUGUUGAUUAAACUGUGGAAGAUCCG